AUACAUAAUGUCAAUGUUCAUUGACAGCUGUGAAUUUAUACGCGGCAGACGUUUGGUUGAAAAAAUAUGUAUUGUGAUAUUAAUUGUCGAAAGAAUUAGUGAAUGCGUUUUCAUUAGUAUCUACCUGUGAUAAUGACCAUGCAUUUAAUUAGAUCUCACUAAAAGACGAAAAAUAACGAAUCAAAAAGAACAAAUUCAAUAUUAUGAUUAGCCGUUAAGACUGAACGAUACAAAGAUGUCAUUAGAAAAGAAUACUUUGAUGCCAGCAUCGAGGGUGGAGAAAGUAACUAAAUUAGUACCGCCAGAUGGAGGAUGGGGGUGGAUGGUUUUGAUGGGGACAGCACUUUCUAAUAUUUUUAACCAAUCAAUGCUGUCCUUAUUCAGUUUAUUAUAUGGAGAUGCACUAGAGGCUAUGGGUCAUAGGACACAAGGUGCAGCUGUAGUUUUAAGUACUAUGUUAUUUGUUACAAAUUUUGGAGGACCUAUAGCUGGCGCAAUAGUAAAAUUGUCAUCUCCUAGGAUAGUGGCACUAAUAGGAGCCUGUUCGUGUACAACAGGCAUUUUUCUUAGUGGUUUUUCAACAAAUAUAUGGCACUUGACAUUUACUUAUGGAGUCUUAUUAGGCUUAGGUUUGGGUUUCAUUCAGAAUUCGUCAUUUGUGGCUAUAAAUAGCUAUUUCAAACUCAGGAAGAGCCAAGCAGUAGGUUUGGCAAAUGUGGGAACAGGUGUGGGACAGACUUUAAUGCCUCAUUUAGUGAGAUAUCUCUUGGAAAAUUACGGUUUCCAAGGCGCAUGUUUACUUCUGUCUUCUUUGAGCUUGCAUGGGAUAUGUGGAUGUUUACUUAUUCAUCCCGUUGAAUGGCAUAUGAAAAAAGUUGAAGAAGAAGUCACAGUAGAAGAAAAGCUGCAAUUAUUAGAAGAGAAACACAAAAAUAUAGUUAUAAGAAAAGAUUCUAAAAUUCUUUCUGAAAUAACUGCAAAUGGAGAAAGGAGGGGUACAGAAUCUAGUUUAAAUGAAAAUGUAAAAGAAUUGAAUUUGGUAAAAACCUCCGUAUCUGACGUGAAUGACAUAAACGACAAAUCGGCCCCAGAACCUACACAGAAAAAAGGUUGGCUAAAGAAAUUAUAUGAUUUAUUCGAUAUCUCGUUAUUAUCGAGUCCUCGUUUCUUGAACAUCAUUAUUGGGACGGCGUUGUCUGUUACAUCGAUACAAAACUUCAGCAUGCUCUUCCCAUUUUUCCUGCAGAAAGUAGCUGGGUUGGAUAAACAACACACAGCUUUUUGCAUGUCAGCAAUCGCGAGCGCGGAUAUCUGUGGUCGUCUUAUAUUGCCGGUGUUCCAAGACAAGUACAGGAUAAAGGCUAGAUGGAUGCUAAUAUUGACUUCUGUUUGGUUGAUUAUCACCAGGCAAAUUUUGGCAUACCAAACAAGAUUUGAAGUGUUAAUCUUAAUGUCUUGCCUGUACGGAUUUGGUAGAAGUAUGGUGAUUGUAGCCAGAAAUAUUGCGAUCUCAGAACAGUGCAGAGUGGAACAAGUCCCUGCUGCUGUUGGUCUUGGAAUGUUGACCAUGGGUCUUAUAGUGCCACCAGCUGGAUAUUUCCUUGGCUGGAUCAGAGAUUACACAGGCAGUUACGUCGUGUGUAUAACAGCACAGAAUUUAUUCUUGGUUGUAUUGCUAGUGAUGUGGCUUCCUGAUAUGUUGCUUUUAUGGAUAGCAGAGAAAAAAAGUCAAAAGAAAAAUGCUGAACAAAUGCAGAUGUCUUAAAAGAAUACAGUAAUUGUUUAUGAUUUUACAGCUCUGAUACAGAGAUGUUUGUUAGCAAUAUUGAAAAAUAUAUAUGCAAGGAACAUACAGGCUUCGUACCUAAGAUUGGCUGUGAAGAGUUUGUUACAGGAAAAUAGAAAACUACGUACAAGUAAUUAAAUGUAUAUAACUGAUCUUAUGUAAUAUAAUAUCCAAACGUAUACUUAAUGAUUGUGGAAAUGUUGCAGUAAUUCUGAGUUGAAUGAGUAGCGAUGUGCUAUUAUAAUUAUACGUGAUAACUACCUAGUCUAAUAUAUUAUGAACAAGUA